GAAAAGAGAGGGUUUGCAAGGACCAGAAACAACUCUGAAUCUGCAAGAACUCCCCCAAACUUCGACAGGAAGAGGCAACUCUCUGAAUCGCAGACAGAAACAAUGGACAGUGCAGACAGCAGAAUAAAUCCUAGACAACUGGGAACUCCCAGAGGAGGAUCCUAUGCUGCCAUCCCAACGUCGGGUGACAGAAAGAACCGAAAUAAACACACUCAAGGGAGGAAGAAGAGUAUAUUUGAAGCCUACAUGUCAAAAGAAGAUGGACCCUUGAGAAUAAAUCCUAAGAAGUACCAUGAAGCCUUCAUUCCAUCCCCAGAUGGGACUCGCGAUAUCUUUAUUGAUGGAGUGGUUGCUCGCAACAGAGCCCUGAAUGGUGACAUCGUGGUAGUGAAACUGCUUCCCAAGGAGCAAUGGAAGGUAAUAAAGCCAGAUGGUAGUGACAAAGAAACAGAAGCCACGCAUGAAUCAGAUGUCCCCGAGGAAAUGUUGGGGACUUGCAUUCCUCAAGAGACGGCGAAAGGCGAUGCUAAAAGUCCGGAUGUCAUUAUAGAAGCUCAAUUUGAUGAUAAUGAUGCAGAGCAUGGACAAGACCACUUGCAGGAUUUGUUGACUGAUGACGUUAAGAAACUUUCCCUGGAUGCUGGUGAAAAGGCGAAGGCUGUUGGGAUCGGUGGUGUGCACAGAACAAAGCAAGAUGAUGGACCCAAGGUGAAUGAUCCCAGGCUCCUCCCGGAUAAGUUCCUUCAAAGGACAGCCAAGGUGGUCUAUAUUUUGGAAAAGAAGCAUUCCCGCGCAGCUACAGGCUUCAUCAAGCUUCUGGCAGACAGGAACAGUGACCUCUUCAGGAGGUGUGCCAUGUUCUCACCUGUGGACCACAGGGUGCCCAGGGUCUACGUGUCUUUGGCUGAUUGCCCUCCAGACUUUGUGACCAGGCCUGAGGACUAUUCAAACAUGCUCUUCAUCUGUCGCAUAGUGGACUGGAAAGAAGACAGCAACUUUGCAACAGGGCAGUUGGCCAAAAGUCUUGGGCAGGCUGGGGAGAUUGAGCCGGAAACGGAAGGGAUCCUGACGGAGUACGGUGUGGAUUUCUCUGACUUCUCCCCCGAAGCCCUGGAAUGUCUUCCCCAGAGCCUGCCCUGGGUUAUCUCACCGGGAGAGCUGGCCAAAAGAAGAGAUUUAAGGAAAGAAUGCAUUUUCACCAUCGACCCCUCAACUGCCAAAGAUCUUGACGAUGCUCUGUCCUGUAAACAACUCCCUGACGGGAACUUCGAAGUGGGUGUUCAUAUCGCGGAUGUGAGCUACUUCGUACUGGAAGAAACAGCCCUGGAUCAAGUAGCGAGUGAAAGAGCAACCAGUGUCUAUCUAGUGCAAAAGGUGAUCCCGAUGCUUCCCAAGCUGCUCUGUGAGGAGUUAUGCAGUCUCAAUCCCAUGCGAGAUAGACUGACGUUCUCUGUGAUGUGGAAGAUGACUCCAGAAGGCAAGAUCCUAGAUGAAUGGUUUGGGCGGACAGUCAUCUGCUCCUGUGUGAAGCUGAGCUACGACCAUGCACAGAGCAUGAUUGAAAGCCCCGGGAAGGUGUUCUCACCUGAAGAACUUCCCCCAGUCUCCCCUCAACACUCAAUAGCUGAGAUCCAGCAAGCUGUGCUGAACCUGCACCGAAUCGCCCAGCACCUCCGCAAACAGCGCUUCAUCGAUGGGGCUCUGCGCUUAGACCAGCUGAAGCUCUCGUUUACCUUGGACCAGGAGAGUGGGAUGCCUCAAGGCUGUUAUAUCUAUCAGUACCGGGACAGCAACAAGCUGGUGGAAGAGUUCAUGCUGCUCGCGAACAUGGCCGUGGCCCAUCAGAUCUACCGCUCCUUCCCCGAGCAGGCUCUGCUUCGCCGCCACCCCCCGCCCCAAACCAAGCUGCUGAAAGACCUCAUGGAGUUUUGCAACCAAGUCGGCCUUGACAUUGACUUCAGCAGCGCGGGGACCCUGCACAAAAGCUUAAAUGAAACGUUUGGCGCUGACAAAUACUCCGAAGCUAGGAAAGAAGUGCUGACCAACAUGUUCUCCAGGCCCAUGCAGAUGGCUCUCUACUUCUGCACUGGCAUCCUGGAGGACGAGACCCUCUUCCGUCACUACGCCCUGAACGUGCCCUUCUACACCCACUUCACCUCGCCCAUCCGCCGCUACGCAGACAUCAUCGUGCACCGGCUCCUCUCCGCUUCGCUUGGUGCCAGCUCCCCCAUCAAGAUGGAGAAAGAGGCCAUCCAGAGACAGGCAGAUCACUGCAAUGACCGGAAGAUGGCUUCCAAGAGGGUGCAGGAGCUCAGCGCUGACCUCUUCUUUGCCAUCUUCGUCAGGGAGUGUGGUCCUCUAGAGUCAGAGGCCAUGGUGAUGGGUGUCCUGAACGAGGCCUUCGAUGUCCUGGUGCUGAAGUUUGGAGUCCAGAAGCGCAUCUACUGCAAUGCGCUGCCCUUGCUGGGAUUCCACUUCCAAAAGGUUGGGAGGAAGCCAGAGCUGACACUCAUGUGGGAGCCAGAGGAGCUGGAGCAGGAAUCUGUGCCCCAG